AUGUUUGGAGGAAGUAAGCCCUUAGUAGUGUAUUGGGAUGAAUGGAAGCAGUUCACACCUUUACCAGAGGCAAUAUUCAGUCCUCAGCAGCUUUCACUGGGUGUUCUGGAUGAAAACUGGGAUGAUGAUCAGCUUCUUGGAUUUGAACCAUGCAAUGAAAACCUUAUAACAGGUUGUAACAUAAUCAACGGGAAAUGCGAAUGUGACACCAUUCGGACCUGUAAUAAUCCAUUUGAAUUUCCAAGCCGGGAUACUUGCCUGUCGGCCUUAAAAAGGAUUGAAGAAGAGAAACCUGAUUGCUCCAAGGCCCGCUGUGAAGUCCAGUUUUCUCCUCGCUGUCCAGAAGAUUCCAUCUUGAUUGAAGGCUACGCUCCUCCUGGUGAAUGCUGUCCACUCCCAAGCCGUUGUGUGUGUAAUCCUGCAGGCUGCUUGAGGAAGGUUUGCCAACCUGGCUAUUUGAAUAUAUUGGUUUCUAAGGCAUCAGGAAAGCCAGGGGAAUGCUGUGAUCUCUAUGAAUGUAAACCAGUGUUCAGUGUGGAUUGCAGCACAGUCGAAUGUCCUCCCGUUCAACAGGUUGUUUGCCCACUGGAUAGCUAUGAAACCCAAGUCAGGCUGACGGCUGAUGGCUGCUGUACCCUGCCCACAAGAUGCGAGUGUCUCUCUGGUUUAUGUGGUUUCCCCAUGUGCGAGGCAGGCUCCAUUCCCCAGAUAGUCUCGCGUGGAGAUGGAACACCUGGCAAGUGCUGUGAUGUCUUUGAAUGUGUCAAUGAAGUGAAGCCAACUUGCAUAUUUAACAGCAUGGAAUAUUAUGAUGGAGACAUGUUUCGAAUGGAUGCUUGUCGUUUCUGUCGAUGCCAAGGUGGAGUCUCUAUUUGUUUCUCUGCCCAGUGUGGUGAGCUACACUGCGACAGGUAUUAUGUGCCAGAAGGAGAGUGCUGCCCAGUGUGUGAAGACCCAGUUUAUCCAGUAAAUAACCCUGCUGGCUGCUAUGCCAACGGUCAGAUCCAAGCUCAUGGAGACCGCUGGCGAGAGGACGACUGUACUUUCUGCCAGUGCAUCAACGGAGAUCCGCACUGCGUUGCAACGGCCUGCGGGCAGAGCUGUCUAAAUCCCGUUAAAGUCCCUGGGGAGUGCUGCCCAGUUUGUGAAGAACCAACGUACAUCACAAUAGGUCCGCCCACCUGUGAGAUUUUGGUGAACUGCACUUUGACUGAAAAAGACUGUCUCUAUAGUUUCAAACUGGACCAAAAUGGUUGCCGCAUUUGUCAGUGCAAAACUAGGGAGGAGCUGUGCACCGGCCUCAUUUCGGGCUGUUCCUUGGACUGUUCCUUCGGCUUCCAGACUGACGUCCACAACUGUGAGAUCUGUCAGUGCCGACCACGGCCUAAGAAGUGCAAACCCAUUGUAUGUGACAAGUACUGUCCCUUUGGAUACUUGAAGAACAAGCAUGGCUGUGAAAUCUGUCGGUGUAAGAAAUGCCCAGACCUGCCUUGUGGUAAAAUCUGUCCGAUGGGCUUCCAGCAGAACAAUCACGGCUGUGUUAUCUGCAAGUGCAGAGAGGCAACCGCUUCUCUUAUGCCUCCCAUUAAAACAGGCUCUUGCCUGUCAAUGGAUGGGCGCCGACAUGAGAACGAGGAGAGCUGGCAUGAUGGCUGCAGGGAGUGUUACUGUCACAAUGGACGGGAAAUGUGUGCCUUGAUCACCUGCCCCGUUCCUAACUGUGGCAACCCCACCAUACAUCCAGGGCAGUGUUGCCCAUCAUGUCCAGAUGAAAUAAUUGUGCAGAAGCCAGAGCUCACCAGUCCAUCGAUCUGUCACGCUCCUGGUGGGGAAUACUUUAUAGAAGGAGAGACAUGGAAUAUUGAUUCUUGCACACAGUGUACGUGCCACAGUGGACGUGUCCUGUGUGAGACUGAAGUCUGUCCACCUCUUCUUUGCCAAAACCCCACCCGCACACAGGACUCCUGCUGUCCACAGUGCCCAGAUGAGCCUCUUCAGCCCUCUUCAUCAAGCAAUGAGAGCAUGCCUAGUUAUUGCAAAAAUGAUGAAGGAGAUAUUUUUCUGACAGCUGAGUCCUGGAAGCCCAAUGUCUGCACUAGCUGCAUUUGCAUGGAUGGUGUGAUUAGAUGCUACUCUGAGUCUUGCCCACCGGUAUCCUGUGAGAGACCUGUUUUGAGAAAGGGACAAUGUUGUCCUUACUGUAUUGAAGAUACAGUUCCAAAGAAAGUGGUCUGCCACUUCAAUGGGAAAACAUACGCAGAUGAGGAGCGCUGGGACAUUGACAGCUGCACACACUGCUACUGCCUGCAGGGUCAGACUCUCUGCUCCACUGUCAGCUGCCCACCCCUUCCUUGUGCUGAACCCAUCAACGUGGAGGGAAGCUGCUGUCCCAUGUGUCCAGAGAUGUAUGUACCUGAACCUACUAACAUCCCCAUUGAGAAGACAAAUCAUCGAGGAGACAUUGAACUAGAAGUACCAAACUGGCCAACACCGAGUGAAAAUGACAUCAUCCACAUUCACAGAGACAUGAGUCAUCUCCAGGGAGAGUACAGAAGUGGCGGCGGACCGCACCCAAGUGAAGAUGCGUCAGUUAGCUCUGUUGCCUUGGUGACAAUUCCAAUCACGAUAGCGCUGUUACUGAUCAUCGUCCUUCUGCUUGUCAAUCAGAAAAAGCAGUGGAUUCCAGUGUCUUGCUACAAAGCUCCAACAAAGCCUUCUUGCCUAAACAAUCAACUGGUGUAUGUGGACUGCAAGAAAGGUACCAUGGUCCAGGUGGACAGUUCUCAGAGGAUGCUAAGAAUUGCAGACCCAGAUUCAAGAUACAGUGGAUUUUACAGCAUGCAGAAACAGAACAACCUACAGGCAGAUAAUUUCUAUCAAACAGUUUGAAGAAUUGCACCCUUACCGAGGAUUUAAGAAAGAGAGAGAGAGAGAGACUAAGUCUGCUAUUAAAGUAAAACUAGAAUUGUGCACUUGCUUAGUGGAUUGUAUUGGAUUUGUGACUACAUGUACAGCUCUAAGACCUUACUGGGACGAGCUCUGACUCCUGCAAUGUGCCAGAAAAAGCAUUCCCACUUUUCCUUGAGAUAACUGACCAAGUGUUUUCUUAGAACCAAAGUUUUAAAACUUGUUAAGAUGUAUUUGCUUGUAACAUAGCUAUAGAGGUUUUUUGGGAGGGGGAAUCAGGGGCUAGGGGUAGGCAAUGAGGUAAAAGGAAGCUUCAGAGAAGAAAAGCUGGUCAUGCUUGGCUGGAGAAGAAAAUGAAUAAAGAAUACUGCCGAGCAGCAGGAUAGUGGUUUUUCUUGUUGCUCUGAAAUUGCAUCUGUUGCAGCAAAGCCUAACCCCAGGUGAAAAAAAAUAUGAAAAGGUCUGAUUUUUUUUUUCCCAGCUGUUGCUACAGUAAUGUACUCCUAGAACAGAAUUUGUCACAUCACAGGUGUGGUGUAGCUGCAAAUAUUUUUCUAUAUGAUGAGAAGCUGCAGUAGUUAAUGAAAUAGCAAGGAAAAGGUUAUAGCAGAAAAUAAAGGGUGGGUUUAUUAAGGAUGUAUAAAAUUAUACCUUGUGCUGCUUUUUGUUUUUAUUUUUGUUUUCUUCAAAGCUGAUUGGCUAGAUUAGCCAGACUUUGGCAGAGUUAGCAAAUGACUGAGGCCUAAGUAAUUCCUGAUAUGAGCACUGGAUCUUUUGACAGCAGUAUUGAAGGAAGGAAGGAAAAGUCAAGAACACCAUGCAGUUCCAGGGGCUUUUGUUUGUUUGUUUUGUCUGUUGUGGUUUUGUUUUGUUAUUUUAUAUCGAUCUCUGGUUGUUCAUACAGGAGAAGGAAAAAUAUUUUUGUCGGACAAAGCUCUUGCUUACAAGAGAGUAAAAAAGAGACUGUUUUAAGGUUGUUUUUUUCUUGUUGAUGUUCUUAUUUACUGGUAUGCAGAUUUAGAAACUACUUCCAUGCUAGGAAGCUGCUUAAUUUUAAUUGUAUAUUACUCAAGCACCUUUUUUGAAGCUCAGAAAAAAAAGGAGAUCAUGCUUCUUUAAACUUUAGCAUUAUAGGAAUAUUUAUGUAAAUAUAAUUAUGCUAAAAACAACAAAAAGUAUUUGUAUGUUUGUGUAUAUAUAUGUAUAUACAAAUGCAUGUAGGUAUACAUAUGUAUAUAUACGUGCAUGUGUAUAUACACUAUACAUAUAUAUACUGUAUAUAUAAAAUACUAUGUAUACAGUAUAUAUUUUUUCUAUUUUUUUUCUUGUUGAAUGUAUUUUUUUCUCAGAGAGAUUUUACCCAGAGCAGAAACAGAUAAACAGGCAUUCCAUAUCAAUGCUUAAUCGCUUGUGAGUUUAGGAAAGACAAGAAAAGAGCAUCUCAUUCUACCUACAGUUUGAUUUGAUUUGAUUUGAAAGUGUUUGUGUGCGCGCGUGUGUGUGUGUGUGCACUCUUGUGUUUGCGUGUGUACAGUACGUGCACGAUUAUAGCAGUAAGCGUUGCUCUUGCUACUUGCUACAUUUCAGGGUGUUUCUUAUUUUUCUUUUCCUGCUUAGCCUUAAAAAGGCUUUUUAAUGAAUGCAUUGGCUAGAGACACUGAUGACAAUAUACAUGCAGCACUAAUCAGCUCC